AUGGAGUUCCAAGUUCCAAGCUCCAAGCUCCAAGUACCAAGUUCGCAGUUCGAGGUGAAGAAGAGGGGUCGUUUCAGCCUCACGAUUGACGCCUUCUAUCGCUUCCUGCGCCAGGCGCUGCCGCUGGCCAGGGAGGCAGUGAUCCCGCGGAAUGGCAGCCAGGAGAUCUUCCGCACCGAUCUCACCUUCAACUACAGCGGGGUGGAGCUGGACUUGGGCCUGGACUUGGGCCUGACCACUGACACCACCACCACCACCACCACCACCACCCUGGCUCCACUAAUUAGAACGGGAAAUAGGAGCGUGGUGCGGGUGAGUGCGGAUGUGCCCAUUUGGGUGGUGCCCUGCUACUCGGCCAUUCUGCUGUGUGCCGUCGUUGGCAAUCUGCUGGUGGUGCUGACCCUCGUCCAGAACCGCCGCAUGCGCACCAUCACGAAUGUCUUCCUGCUCAAUUUGGCCAUUUCGGACAUCCUGCUGGGCGUCUUCUGCAUGCCGGUCACCCUGGUUGGCACCCUCCUCCGGCACUUCAUCUUCGGCGAGCUGCUCUGCAAGCUCAUCCAGUUCGCACAGGCUGCCUCAGUGGCCGUGUCAUCCUGGACAUUGGUGGCCAUAUCCUGCGAACGCUACUACGCCAUCUGCCAUCCGCUGAGAUCUCGAACCUGGCAGACGAUCAACCACGCCAACAAGAUCAUCGCAAUGAUUUGGCUGGGAAGCCUGAUUUGCAUGACGCCCAUCGCCGCUUUUAGCCAACUGAUGCCGACCAGUCGACCAGGACUGCGCAAGUGCCGCGAGCAGUGGCCGGCGGACAGCUUGAACUACGAGCGGGCGUACAAUCUGUUCCUGGAUUUGGCCCUGCUCGUCCUGCCGCUGAUGGCGCUCAGCUUCACCUAUUUGUUCAUCACGCGCACUUUGUACGUGAGCAUGCGCAACGAGCGGGCCAUGAACUUCGGCAGCAGCGGACCGGAAGUGAGCGCCGCCUCCGUUUCCGCUUCCGCUUCCGGUUCUGCAGCUGGCAAUGGCAAUGGCAGCCAGCAGAUGCCGAGCCAUCAGCAACUUCAGCAGCAGCAGCACCACCAGCACUCCCAAUUUUACUACGCUGAUUACACGCACUGUGGCAGCAAACGCAGGCUGAUCGGAGGAGGAGGAGGAGGAGGAGGUGGAGGGGGAUUCACAGGAUCCUGUGAAGGACGAAGGCAUUUGUACUGCAUGAGGAGUGCCUCCGUGAAGUCGCAGCGCCUGCAGCAGAUCAACGGAGGAGGAACUGCAUCUGGAGUGGGAUCCACCGAGUGCUGCAGUCGCAUGCAAAGGAUGCGCCACCAAAUGCAACAGCAGCAGCAACAACAACAACAGCAGCAAGGAUACAUGGGCGACACCGAAUCCCGGCGAAAGUCGUUGUCGCAACCCAGCCUAAGGAUCACGGAGGCGGGCCUGCGAAGAUCCAACGAAACGAAGAGCUUGGAGAGCAAGAAGAGAGUGGUGAAGAUGCUGUUUGUCCUCGUGCUGGAGUUCUUCAUCUGCUGGACGCCACUGUACGUGAUCAACACGAUGACCAUGCUCCUUGGACCUGCGGUAUACGAGUACGUGGACUACACGGCCAUCAGCUUCCUCCAGCUGCUGGCCUACUCCUCCAGCUGCUGCAAUCCGAUCACCUACUGCUUCAUGAACGCCAACUUCCGACGCGCCUUUGUGGACACCUUCAAGGGGAUGCGGCUCUGCGAUCGGUUGUGUGCUCCAUGCUGCUUCUGGCGGAGGAGAUCCAAGAACGAAACGAACCUCUCGGUGGCUGGGAACUCGAUUGCCUUGGCCAAUUCGGUUAUGUCGAGCCACACGAUUCUGGAGAGUCCGCGGCUCUGAGACCGCAGCCGAAGGCAGCAAUUCGCGGAGACGGAGUCACUUUAGUCACGCAGCAAUUUGUGAUGA